AAUUCUUGAGAUUGAGAUCAAGGUUUUGGGACACUGAGGGUUUAGUUCUAAACGUCAUGAAUGCAGCUCGAAAUAAGCACUAAUCCAUUUGAUCCGGAGUCACCACAGAUCCCAGAAGUCCAAGACUGGGAAGGAAGGAAAAGGAGGGUAACAAAGGAGUCUAUCCCUUGGGCUAGAGCUGAAAGGCUGGGAAGACUCGUUCUGUCUGCGGAAUCUCCACCAGUUUUUUCUUUCAUCAGGGGUCUCAAGCGAAGGACAAUAAUUCCAUGAGACAUGACAGAAACUGCUGAAGCUGUGGUAAAAGUCCCAGCCUCCAAGGAGAAUGCAGAUCUCCCAGUACUGUUGGAAAAGGGAAUCGGAGAACUGGGGCCUGAUAUGGUGGCGAAAGAGGAGGAGCAGGAGACAGAGGUAAAGUACAAUGAAAAAAAACAGUACUCUGAAGAGGAUGCUACCAGAGAUGGGGCGGGAGCAAUUACCCCAGCAGAGACUCUCAAGGAGGCGAGGGAGGAAGCAGGAGCAGCAAUUGUCCAAAUAGACCAGAGGGUAGCAGAAGAAUGUAAAACCCUGACACAAAGUGACUGGGAGGAGGAUUCACUGAAAAAACCCGAGGACAAAGCGAGGGAAUCCCCAGGGAACGCGGAGGAACAAAUAGAACAGCAAAAGUGGGAGAAGGAAGAGAGGAGUGAAGUACUGGACAAUGUAGAAGUAGAGGGGUUCAGCAGAGAAGGGAGAAGAGAACUGGAGGGCAGCAGCAGCACUGAGCACCAAAGGCAGCAAGAGGAGAGCCAGGGAGCAGCCAAAGGAGCAGAGGACCCGGGACACCCAGAGACACAGGCAGUAGUAGGGGCGGAGCACAGCGUAGGGGGUGAAGCAGCAGUUGAAACUACAGCAGCGGCAAGGAUAGCUUCCCAGGAAACGGUUCAGGAGGGCGUGAAGCUGUUACAACCCGAAGGACAGCCAAUAGAACCUGCAGCGGGGAUGGAAGUAGCGGGCCUCGAAAGAGAGAGGGAGAAAAGACUAGAAGAUAGAGAUUCUGAAAAUGGAGAGAGCUCCGGAGGAGAAGAAAACAGUUCCGUACAGCAAACGGAGUUUGUAGGUCCAACAGCCAGGGAGCAGGAAGAAAGAGAAGUGGACAACCAACCAAGCCUAGAGGAGAGCCCUAUCAGGGACGGUUUGACAGAUGAUGCGCAGGAAAAUGAGGUUCCCCAAGGUGCGCAUUACCCGGAGAGCACAGAAGUUGAGGGUGCGGAAGGGCUGGCCCUGGAGGAAAGCGGAGGACAGGAAGGUGUAAAGGACACUGCUGCUGGAGGAGAUCCCAAAGAAGCAGUGCAAGUAGAAUAUGCCAGCCUUCGUGCCAAGACGGAUGUUGAAGAAGAAGCCGUGGAAGAAGGGAAAGAAAAUUGGGGUAAAGAGAAAAAUAAUAUAGAAUUUAUGACCGAGGGCGAGGAAGAAAACCUCGAUGGAAGUCCACAGGAGGAGGAGGAGGAGGAAGAAGAGGAGGAAGAGGAGGAGGAGGAAGAUGAGAAGACUAUUCCAGAGAGAAAGUUGGAGACAGAGCUGAGCAACCACCUGUCGGAGACCACUUCUGAAGGUGCCCCUGCCGAAGCCGAGACAAAUAAACAAGGGACCGGGUUGAACGGCGCGGAAGAGGAAGGAGAAGCAUCCGAAGAGGAGGCUUCAGGAGAGAGACCCUCAGCUCCUGCACUGGCCGAGGGGAAUGAACACGACAUUUCCCUCUUCGUCAAGGCUGGUUAUGAUGGUGAGAGCAUUGGAAAUUGCCCAUUUUCUCAGCGGCUUUUUAUGAUACUGUGGCUUAAAGGUGUUAUAUUUAAUGUUACAACAGUGGACUUGAAACGGAAACCUGCAGACUUGCAGGAUCUGGCUCCUGGAACAAACCCACCUUUUAUGACUUUUGAUGGAGAAGUAAAGACAGAUGUGAACAAGAUUGAGGAGUUCUUAGAAGAAAAAUUAGCACCACCAAGGUACCCUAAGCUUGGAACCCAGCACAUGGAAUCAAAUUCUGCAGGAAAUGAUGUAUUUGCAAAAUUUUCUGCAUUUAUCAAAAAUACAAGAAAGGAUGCCAAUGAGAAUUUGGAAAAAAAUCUGAUAAAGGCUUUGAAGAAACUAGAUAAUUACUUAAACACCCCUCUGCCUGAUGAAAUUGAUGCCUAUAGCUCAGAAGACAUCACUGUUUCCAACAGGAAGUUCCUUGAUGGGAAUGAACUCAGUUUAGCAGAUUGUAAUCUCCUACCAAAGCUCCAUAUCAUUAAGAUAGUGGCCAAGAAAUACAGGAAUUUUGAGUUUCCCACUGAAAUGACUGGCCUGUGGAGAUACUUGAACAAUGCCUACACUAGAGAUGAAUUCACAAAUACCUGCCCUGCUGAUCAGGAGAUUGAGCAUGCAUAUUCUGAUGUUGCAAAAAGGAUGAAGUGACCCCACAGUCACUGAUGA